AUGCGCACCAACCCUAGCGCUGUUACUACUCAGUCAAUUCAAGCAAUUAAUGCACUCACCCCCAGUAGUGGAGAUGGAAUCCAAACCUGUAGUUGGAAUCCUAAUGCCCCUGCCAUCUCUCUUGCAAGAGAAAGAGGCGGAGUCAAGAUCUCCAUUGAUGACACCACCCCAUCUGAACUCAAGGAUAUCUGUUACAACCUCCUUAAUUAUACCAUUGGAUUUGCCUGA